UGGGUGCAGGCGCCUGGCGCAGGUGAACCUCGCUCCUCCUGGAAUUCAGCAUCACCGUCAUUAAACCAUGUGGGUCGUGCCCAGCUGGGGCUGCCUGUCUCUCGAUCCGUCUGGAGUCUGCACACACCGGGACCCCAGAGCGGCCUGAAUGUCACAAACCGGUGGGGAGUGGCUGGCUUUGGGGGAGAGGCUGCGGGGGCCACUCAGAGGCGGUCAGCAGGGGGCGCCGGGGUCCCUGAAUUCAUGGCCCCGUGAUCCAGGCCAGUCCUCGCAGCCAGGCUGGUUCUGUUGGGAAGUGGAGGGUGGGCCCGGGGGUGGUGGUCUGAGCACAUAGAGAGGCCUGGCCCGGGGUAGAGGGGGCGGCACCUCUGCCUGACAGAUGGGCUUCCGGGGCCAGCGGGGACACUGCCGGCCCAGCGCCCUGUGCGUGGGGAGGGCCAGGUGUGGUGCGGCAGGAUUUGUUUCCAUUGCUCCUGGACUGGCGGGGGAAGGGAAUUAGUGACAGCGACAGCCAAGGGUGAGGCAGGGAAGACACAGCGGCUUCCAGGAAGGAGCGGAGAAGAGGGGGGCAGGAGGCCCCAGGGAGGAAAGCAGCCUGGACCAGAGGGGUUGUGACACUGGGUGGGCCUGCGGGCCCGGGGGCCCCAGGGGCCUUGAGAAGGAAGGGCGGUGAGGCCCCUUGCAGUCAGCAGCUGCCCACAAGUGGCGGCGCACCCCAGGCCCUCCGCCCAAGCCCGGGGAAGACCCCCAUCCCGGGCAGCCGGGGACGAGGGAGGCCAGAGCCCAGACCUGCCCUUGAGGAGCUUCUGUGUGUCAGGGAGUGGACGACAGAGUGUAAGUGCAUGUGGCCGUCACGGUGUGAAGGGUGGCAUGGGCCUUGGGAGAGGGCAGCUUGAGACCAGGGCUGACGUGUCAGCAAGGGCCUGAUGGGGGCACGGACACACCCGGGCAGAGCUGGUGCUCCACGCUGUGGACCCGUGCAAAGGCCCUGGGGCAGGACUGUGCCUGGUGAGCUGGAGGAACAGCCAGGAGGCCCCUGCGUCUGGAGCGAGAGGGAGGAGGAGGGGGCAGGGAGGGGACGGGGCAGGUCAUGCAGGGCCUUGGGGAGGAGUUGGACUUUAACCCCAGGAGGGAGGGUGGGACCCUGGAGGGCUGUGGGCAGAGAGGGGAAGGGAGACCCUUCCCCUCUCGGUGUGGAGACCUGGAAACAGGUGGGCAGGGGCGCAGAGACCAGGGAGGACGCCCUGCCCGGGCAGGCAAUGACAGGACUGCGGCCACAAGCAGCUGGAAAUGAUGAAAGGCAGGCAGGUUCUGGAUUUCUUGUGAAUUUUUUAACAUGUAGUAAAAUGUGUGUAACAUUUUAAGGUGUACAAUCCUGUGGUUUUUAGUAUAUUUACUAUGUUGUGCUGGCCACCACCAUCUAAUUCCAGAACAUUCCAUCACCCCCAAAAGAAGCCCCAUCCCCAUUAUCAGUCACUCCCAUCCUCCUCCCAGCCCGACAACCACGAAUCCACCCUCUGUGUCUGUGGAUUUGCCUGUUCUGGAUGUUUCCCAUCAAUGGAAUCAGACACUUUUGUGUCUGGCUUCUCUCACUGAGCUUCGUGUUCUCAAGGUCGUGUCAGCGCAUCACCCCUUUUCAUGGCUAACAUUCCAGUGUGUGGAGGGACCCUGUUUUGGGUUUCUGUUGCGCAGUUGGUGGGCAUUUGGGUUGCUUCCGCUCUUUGGCUGUUGUGGGUUGUGCCGCUGUGAACACGCGUGUGCAGAUUCUCGCGCUAGAUGUAUUUUGGAAACAGAUGAAGGACUGGACGGGGGUGGAGUGAGAAGGGAGGACCUGGGGGCUGCAGGGCUGCUGGCCUGAGCACCUGGAAGGGUAGGGCUGAGAUUGUGGAAAGGAAAUUCAGAAGCUUCGUUGGGUUUGGAGGCCCCCAUACGGCGGUGUUGGGGGGCAGAGAAGAGGUGGGAGGGCUGAGCCCCAGGCCGGCCCUACCCAGAUGAGCGCCCGCCUCCUCCAGCCUCUGCUCUCCCGGCUCGGCCCCUCAGCUGGGGGAGAGGCAGUGGCCUGGAUUGUGGCCAGCAGACCCAGCUGUUGCCAGGACACCGGGCCGCCUUUGUUGCUGUCAACAAUGGCCCCGCAGGCCUUGGAGGCAGGAGCCCCUGGGCACGCAGAGGCAGACAUGCAGACCCUGAGGCAGGAAGCUGCCCGGCCCUACGUCCCCCGGGGGACCCUGGAAGUGAACCUCCCGGCAUCUCUCUACAGCGAUGACUACCUGUCCCAGGAGGGGCCCCGCCAGACGCCGGCCAUCAAGCAGGCGACGCGCUGGAAGUACACGCCCAUGGGACGAGACGCGGCCGGCCAGCUGUGGUACACGGGCCUGACCAACUCGGACUCCCGAGAAGCCUGGAACAUGCUCCCUCGGGCUCUGGACAGCCCGCACCUCGAGGCUUAUGCCCGCAGGCACGGAUGCCACAGCCCCCAGGAGCGCAGCAUGCCCUCGGCCUACACCCAGCGUCUCCGGGAGACCGCCUGGUACGACCCCAUCAUCCCCGCGCAGUACAGGGGCCCCCGCGCGCGGUACAGGAGCGUGCUGUGGAAAGACAGACCCAUCCGGGGCGAGGAGUACGGUGAGCCUGGGCCAGGGGCAGGCGACCCAGGGGCUGGGGGUGAGACCGCCCGGGGCCAGGAGGCGGGGCCAGCCGGUGACCCGGGUCCUGGCCCCCCAGGGAUCCACAGGCACCAACUCGGGGUCGAGCCGCUGUGGCGGGCGUCUGACAACGUGCCCUACCUGUCGGCGCCCCAGCGCCCGCGCUGCACCGCCCAGAACUACCGGCAGUGGGACCUGGAACCCUGCUGCGCCUCCACCGGCCGGCAGCCCCGCCCGUCCACGCGGCCAGUCACUGACAAAGAUCGCGCUGCCCGGUGGCUCUUCGGGGACCCGGCGCCUCGCCUCGCCCUCAAGGCGUCUGUCCACCUCUGGGGCCGGGGCCUGGGGCGGUCAGGCAGCCAGAUGAAGGGAGCUCUGAACCAGGACCCUGGUGACCAAGCUCCAGGGCAGAGUCAGAUAGACGGCCUCUCCUGCCCUCAGCUCCCCCUACCCCGGGCCCCAGGCCAAGGCACAGUCCUGGCCCCGGGCGGCUCUUUAUUCACUGCAGCAGUGGCCUGGGCGCAGGGAGCCGCACUCGGGCCCCCGGGCCAGCAUGCUGAGCCUCACCGUCGCCACAGCCAGGGUCCGGGCCCAGCCCCCUAACCCAGAGGCUGGGGCUCCCGGCAGGCUCAGCAACGGCUCUGUCCUCCAGGGCCUGGCGGCACCCGGGAGCAGCACCCGGGAGGCCCUAGGCUGGCCGGGGCUGAGUUCAGGGCAGGCCCUGCGCCCAGGAGCCUCACAUCCAGCCCCCACACAACACAGGGCACCCCGAAUCAUCCAGACAGCUGGGGGUGGGUUAGAGUCGGGAUUGGGGUACCCCAGACCCACAAGGACCCCACCAGCCCCUGAAUACCAGAGGGCCUAGCUCGGUGGGAUAAGCUGCUGGGAUCCCGCCCAUCCUGACCGCGCCCACCAAGCCCCGCCCACCAAGCCCCACCCGACCCCGCAGCCAGGCAGGGACGGGACAGACGCAGGAGUGGGAUCAGAGCAGCAAAGGGGCCGCUCCAGGCCUCGUUGGGCAGCCAGUGUUCACAGUCGCGGUUAAGUUACAAAGGGUAAGGGACCAUGGGGCAGUGUCAGGGUUGGGCUCCAGGGUCCCCUGCAAGAGAAGGGGGUGGAAGUGGGGUUAGGGAGGGCGGGGCCUGUCCUGGCCCAGACCUACACCCAUGGCUGGUUUGGGGCUUUUGUGGGGUGGCGGGGCCUGCAACUCACAGCUCCGAAGGCGGACGGGCCAGACCAGGAGACAGCACAGAGCCAGGGUGGCGGCCACGCCCACGCCACCCGUCACGGCCACCAUCACCCAGUGGUAGAAGGCCACGCAGGCUUUGCAGCAGAGCUCUGAGCUGGGGGCGGGGGAAGGGCAGAAGGGGGUGAGCAGACGCCUAUCAGUACCUUCCAGCCCCAGCCUGGACCUCCUGCUCCUCCCAUCUCAGCCGGGGCACCCCAUCUUUCCCAGCACUCAGGCCAGGACCAAGUGAUUGCCCUCAACCCCCUCCUCCCCUGCAACGUCUGAUACUUUAGUCAGUAAGGUCAGCUCUGCCUUCCAAGUCUACCCCAGACUGCCCAUUUCUCCUCCCUCAGGAUCCAGCCCUGUCACCACCUGCCCCCCCACCACCCCGCCAUCCUAGGCCCCUCCCCUGUUCCCACCCUCCCUUCCCUGUCUGACCUCCCCGCAGUAGCCGCCAGAGGGCACCUGUGAGCACCUGAGUCAGGUCCCGCCCCCUCUGCUCACAGCCCUCCGGGGUCCCACCUCCCUUGGCCCACAAGGCCCUGCACGACCCGUCCCCUCCCUGCCCUCCCCUCCUCCCUCUCUCCCCCUCGCUCACUCUGCUCCAGCCACACGGGCCUCGUUGCUGUCCUUCCACCAUGCCAGGCACAGUCCUGCCCCGGGGUCUUUGCACAAGGCUGUUCCUCCCCAUAUGCCUAGAACUCCCUGACAUCCUCCAGGUCUCGGGUCCCAUGUCACCUCAAGGCAGCCCUUCCUGACUUCUCGCCCCAGUCAGGCCUCCCUAAGUAGUGUCCUUCACACCCUUUGUACACAUUUAUUCAUGAGAUUAUUCAUGUGGCUCGUGUUGUCCCCAGCUCCAUGAGGACAGAGGACCAGGCCAGCUUUCAUUCCCAAAUCCUGGGCUUCUACAGGGUGCAAGCUCAGGUCUAGAACCAUCUGGGGCUGGAACCCUAGGUUCUGAGGGUCUGAAUUACAGGGAUUCCAGGCUCUCCCUCUGCCCUGUCCGCUCACAUCCCCCCGAUCCAUCUGUGUGUCCUCAGCACCCGGCCCAGGACAGACUGUCGGCUCAGUAAAUAAAUGGGUGCUCGAGGUGGGGAAUAACCCGGUCUCCCUGGCUGUGAGGCCACCGGGGCGGGGUCUUCUGUUCUCAUGGAGUUAGCAGACCUGGGGCAGCGCCUGGCCUCAGCACAGCUCGUUGAACGCGAGAACGAAUGGAUAGGGGUACUCACGAGCAGGGGUGCAGGCUCUGGAUGGCCAUGACUGCCAGCCCAUUGGCCACCUUGUCCGAGAAGCUCAUGGCGCCAUACACGAAGGCUCCGCUGUGCUGGGGGGACACGGGCAGGGGGUCAGCAUCCCAGGCCUCGGCCCUGGUCCCCAACCCCAACCCGGACCGGCUCAGCAGCCCUACCGUGUGGGGGCCGAUGAGGUCAGCCGUCAUGGCCAGCGAGGUGACGAGGAUGGUGGCACAGCCCGUGCCCAGCAGCGCAGCCACCACGUACACAGCCACACCCAGCUCAUCUGCCAGUGCCACCCAGGCUGCGAAGGCCAGGAUCACCAGGAGGCCCACAAAGUAGGUCAUCUGCAGAGAGCCCGGCCCGGCGUCAGGCCUGCCUCGCUGGGCAGCCCUGAGCCUGGCACUUGCCCUUUCUGAUCUUCAGUCUGGCCCCCAACCCCAGCAAAGGGGGGUUUGAGUUGGGUUAUCCCUAAGGAGCGCCCAGCUCUGACCUCGGAGGGUUCUGAGAUUCUCAGCCUCAGAGGUGCUCCGAGCUCCUGGAGCAGAUGUUCUAGGGCUAUGCUGUCUGUUACGGCUGCCACUAGAGGUGGGCGGCUACUUGGGUCUCCACGCAAGUCAAUUAAAAGGAAACAAAAUGAAGCAUUCGGUUCCUCAGUCACGCCGGCCGCCCUCUGGCGCCCACGCUGGGCCGUGGUCUGGAGUCGCACCCUGCCCUCCGCCCGGCCCACUCACAUUCCUCCCGAUGCACUUGUUGACCGGCUUCAGGAGGAAGGAGGAGAGGAAGCCGCUGAGGUACAUCACCAGCGGGAUGGUGGCGAUGAACUUCUGUCGGGGCAGAGCGGGCACAGGCGUGUCAGGCGUGGCUCCUCAGGCUCGGGGCCCCGCACCCCCACCGCCCGGCCAGCUCACCUUAGGCAGGUUGAGGGAGUAGGUCAGGUACAUGGCCAUGUAUGUCUGGGACAGGUUCACAAUGAGCCUCGUGCUCAUGUACAGCAAGCCCACCUG